CUGAUCCAAACGAUGUUUAAACUGUCGGGAGUCCGUAUAUGGUGUUUUAUUGACUCGAAUGGGAAAGAAUCGGCUGCGCAGUGAGCGGCGCAGCAGUUUGUACAUCGCCAUAGCUACAUGAUAACUCGAGUAACACAGUUUGUACCUAUAGCUACAUGAUCUGAGAGACUUCAGAUUUACAGACAUCAGCAGUAACUUUUCACCUGGUGUGUAAACAUGUAUCGAGAGUUUAAUGAAAGUGAUGAAAUCCCGGCUCACACUGUUUCAUCUUCAAUUCCAACAAAACACCAACGAAUGGUGAAAACGAAUCAGGAAAAGAAGGGGUUUCUGUCUCAAUCCCAGAGGUUUCCUGCAAACGCCUCUCUGAGGGACAAUCCAGGACCUGACAGCUAUGACUGUGCCUCCAAUGCUGAAACCCAGAGUCCUUCAUUCUCAAAGAAAGGCACCACAGGCUUUGUGAUGUCCAAGGCUUCCUCGCAUACCGGUUACCUACAGAGAAUACUCCCAGGACCUAAUGCAUACAACCUGCAGAGCUCCCUCAUAGACACACAUGACUUCAACACCGGAGUGUCCAGAGUGUUCAGGCUGCCAGUGGCUGUGAAGCUGGAUGGUCCCAAGCACAGGAGUCCAGCCCCAAAUCAGUACGACAUCAGAUUUCCUGAUAGAGAGAGAUUCUCCUCAGUGGGCGGUACAUCAAGCUUCCUGUCAAAAACAAGAUGCUGUGAAGCUUUUAACCGAACGGAAAAUGCACCAUCGCCAUGUCACUAUCAACUGAACACCAGUGCAAUCCAGAACUGCUCCAAGGCAGUUUCGUCCCCCUUCAGAUCCAAAACCCAGAGAAUCCCUGCUCCAGUGAUCAAGUCUGGUCCUGGCCCAGGGGAUUACAACCCUGAUCAGCCUCCUGCACCAGUGAAGAGGACUCUCCUGCCAAGGGGGCAUUAUUUGCGCUUAGCAAAUCCUCCUCUGAUCAUCCCUAAAGACCCUCCCUUUCCAGGCCCAGGCCACUAUGAGACAGAUGAUUAUAGAGGCAUGUCUAAGCAUCCAGUGCCCACGGCUGCAUUUGUAUCCAGGUUGGAAAGAACCCCCAAAUACCUAAAGCCCAAUAACAACCCAGCACCAGGCUGCUAUGAUCCUCAGAUUUUAUCAAAGAAGUCCUUCAAUUACAGUGACCCCGAAGUCUGGGUUCCAUGAUGAGGCUUAAGAGGAAUACCUGUGUGUGUGUGUGGAGAAAAAGGACGGAAAUUAAAUGUUUGCAAGCA